GAACCCCUCACCCCUUCAAACUCUACAACCUCUCUCUCUCACAGUGUGUUCCCUGUGUCUGCGGUGGUUUCGAUGCAGAGCCACGGAGAAACCGCAGUUUUCGAUCAUUCAACAAGGCCCAAGAAGGCGAAAUCCCGAGAAGUAAGUUCGAGAUUCCUUUCACCAACCUCUACUGCAUCUUCAUCUUCAACUCAUGAUCAUUAUGGAAAUCAAUCUCCAAACACUACCCUUUCCCCUCUGAGGCAAAAGCCCAGAUCAUCCACUGAUUCAAGAAAGCACAAAACCUUCCAAAACACGGGCUUUUUUCGCGGGCUCUGGCCCUCAUCGACGGGCCAAUCCCCCUCUUCAAACACAAAGCCCGAUACCACUCUUGCUGACCACCUAGGAAACGACAGGCUCCAAGACCUGAAAGAAGGCAAAACCAAAGAAAAACCAGAUCAAAAUCCGUUGUUCUUGCAUAGGCAAAGAAGCUGCUCAGAAUUCAGCAGGUUUGAGAAUGAGAAGAAGAUUCGUAAUGCUUCAAAAGAAAAUCAGAAGCCCGUUUUGGGAGGAUCCAUGAGAUACACAGGGAAGUUCAAGUUAAACUCGUUUAAAUCUUCAAACUUACCUGCUGAUCAUAGCGUUGUCGUCCCUGGAAGGUUUUCAGUUGACGAAAAUGCAUUGAGAAAGAAAUCAUCUUCCAGAGGGUUAUCAGAUUCUGAGACACAAGACUCGGAAUCGGAGUACAGCGACAUAUGCUCUGGCGGUGGGAGUUUGGACGCUGAGAUGGCCAGAAAAGAUACUCCGGCGUCGUACAUGGCUCCAACAGUCAGUUCAAGAAGACAUGGCAUCGAAGUUGCUUCCAAAUUCAUGCAUGACUCGGCGUCAAGGUCCACGAGAUGGAGUGCUGAUUCAUGCCAUAACCAGAAGCCCGUUUCAUCCGAUAACCAUAACAACUCUCCAAAGAUUUUCACUGUGAAGAACGGUAGUGGGAAUUGGGCUUCUUCACCGGGCCGGUCGGGCUCGCCCAAGGAGAAGAUGGGGAAAAUGAUGAGUUCCAAGCCCCCCACGAGCCCUUCAAGGGGAAAAGGAGUUGGAAAUAUUCUAAGUCUGGGGAUUGAAUUAUUGAGAGGGAAGAAAAGUUAUUCCAGUACUGCUUCAUCGCCGCUCGGGCCGGGCUCGGCGGAGAAUGUUCAUCAAUUAAGGUUGCUGCAUAAUAGAUUGAUGCAAUGGAGGUACAGUAAUGCCAGAGCUGAUGCUGCAAAUGGGAAUAUCAUCAAACAGGCUGAGAGCAAGUUCUUACAUGUUUGGAUUGCUCUCAAUAAGCUACAACAUUCAAUGGUACAAAAGAGAUUGCAGCUAGAAAAGGAGAAGCUGAAUAUGAAGUUGAACUAUAUACUUCACUCUCAAAUUAAGGUGCUUGAGAUUUGGGGAAAUACUGAAAGACAACAUUUAUCAGCUGUUUCCACUACAAAAGAUUGUUUGCAUUCUGUUGUUUGUCCCCUUGUCGACGGAGCAAAGGUUGAACAACAACUAGCUUCAUUUGCAGUUAGACAUGCAUCAGAUCUUGCAGCAUCCAUCAACCUGAUGUUAAUUACUUUCACUCCUGAGGUCGAGAAGACAGUGGGAAUAUUGGGUGAAUUAGCAAUAGUAGUCACACAAGAGAAGCUGUUGUUAGAAGAAUGCUUGGAGCUUUUCAGGAUCAUCUCUGCAUUGGAGAUUGAAGAGAGGAGCUUGAAGAGUAGCAUCAUGCAAUUAAAACUGUGGCAACAGCAGCAACGACCAGACAUCUUGGCAUAAAGAUCUUCUAUUCCAGUUGAUGUAAAAUUAUUUAGGAAUUCCAAUAGAAGAAAUUACCCGAUGGAUGAAGUCGGACAGGCAUGAAUCAAGAAAUGUUUUAGCAAUAACCACAUCGUCGUACUUUAUAUUGAGUUUCUAUCUCUGUGUAUAUAUAUUAGGUGAUCAGUUCCAUGAUUACCGAUGAAUUUUCAAACUAUCCUAAGGUAAUUAAAUUUCCA